AAUUUGCCAUCUGGGCUUUGCAGACGCUGUCGCCUCUUAUAGUCAUCUGGUAUCAGCCAUGGUCAAUCCCACCGUGUUCUUCGAUGUUGCUGCCGAUGGCGAGCCCUUGGGCCGUGUCUCCUUCGAGCUGUUUGCAGACAAAUUUCCAAAGACAGCAGAAAACUUUCGUGCUCUGAGCACUGGAGAAAAAGGAUUUGGUUAUAAGGGUUCCUGCUUUCACAGGAUUAUUCCAGGGUUUAUGUGCCAGGGUGGUGACUUCACACGCCAUAAUGGCACUGGUGGCAAGUCUAUCUACGGGGAGAAAUUUGAAGAUGAAAACUUUGUCCUGAAGCAUACAGGUCCUGGCAUCUUGUCCAUGGCAAAUGCUGGACCAAAUACAAAUGGUACCCAGUUUUUCAUCUGCACUACCAAGACUGAGUGGUUGGAUGGCAAGCAUGUGGUCUUUGGCAAGGUGAAAGAAGGCAUGAAUGUUGUAGAAGCCAUGGAGCGCUUUGGGUCCAAGAAUGGCAAGACCAGCAAGAUCAUCACCAUUACUGACUGUGGACAGCUGUAAUAAAUUUGACUUAAUGUUUCAACCACCAAACCAUUCCUUCUGUAGCUCAGGAGAGCACCCCUCUACCCCAUUUGCUUGCAAUAUCCUGUAAUCUCUGCUCUCACUGCAGUUCUUUGGGUUGCGUAUUUUCCUUAAUCCUCUCCGUGUCUAGCUGGAUUGCAAAGUUAAGUUUAUGAUUAUUAAAUAAAAACUAAAUAAUAAAAAAAAAAAAAAA